CGUAAAGUGAACGCGGGUGGCUUCAGUCCGCUUCACAUGGCUGCGGCUCGAGGUGAUGUUGAGACCGCGAGGGAGCUCUUGAGGGUGGGGCAAAGCUUAUGCUUUGUGAAGGGAAGGGAGGGCCGAAUCCCUUUGCAUUAUGCUGUCAUAAACGGGGAGCUCGAUGUCUUGAAGUUGCUGCUCUCUGCUUCGCCUAAGUCCAUCGAAAUGACGACCGCCAGGGAGGAGACGGCGCUUCACCUCGCUGUGAAGAACAACCGGUUUGAUGCGGUCGUCGUGUUGGUGGAGCAUCUGAAGCAGCACAACAAGGUGCAGGUGAUCAAUUGGAAGGACAAGAAGGGCGAUACAGUCUUGCACCUCGCCACCGCAGCCGAAAAUUUCGAGGUGGUUGAAUUCAUGCUUUGUGGACAUGCUCUGGAAUUGGGGAUCGUGGAGGUCAACGCCUUGAACAAGAGCGGCUCAACCCCUCUCGACGUCUCAUCUCGGUCCGAUCGGGAGAUUAGAGAAAUCCUCGGUCGAGCUGGAGCCAAACACGGGCAAUCAAACUCGCCCCCGUCACAAAUAGUCCGGGUGGACGGCGACGGAGAUGACAUCAAGAUAGCUACCAGCUAUCAAUCAGUUGCAAAACCUGCAGUUGAGAAUGAUCAUCCGCCAUCACCACCGCGAAAAGAUUCGAACCUGGGACAAGAGUCGCUGGGCGACAAACGCAGCGCCCUGCUGGUUGUGGCUGCGCUCAUAGCAAGCGCCACCUACCAAGCCGUGCUUCAGCCUCCAACCUUUCUUAAAAAAUUCCAAAUUCAUAACGAGAAGGGCCUCGUUGCGGCAUACUCAUCUUUCCUGGCAAGUACCACCGGGAGGAAUUUGGCUCUAUUAUCCUUCAUGAGCAGCAACACGUUCGGAUUCUUGAUCUCAGUUCAGGCGAUCAUUAGCCUCACCCAUGAUCUUCCACUGAAGUUGCCGCUGGUGCUCUCCACGUUCGCGAUGGUUUGGACCUACCUCAGCUGCAUGGUGAACGUGCCGUCCCGGUCACUGCUGGAUGAGAAUUUCAGCUUCGUAGGAGCGGCGUUCAUAGGAACGCUGGCGAUCGUGAUCCCAGUUGUUCUUCUGUUGAUACAGAUUAAAAUAGCAACAUAUCUUGGCAUGUGGAUAGAAUUCCUUUCCCGGAUUAACAUCCUCUGCCUCAUGGAUUCUCUCUCCUCAAAGGUGGGGCAGACACAUCCGAACGCGACUGGGGCUCGCCGACAACGCCCAGUGCCGAUCUGACGCCCUUGGUUCUCUCCAGUCGAUUGUCUAAUGUCCGCGGAUGAUUCUGAUGCCGAAGCAUUCGUUGCGGGCCGACAAAUUCAGCAAGAGAGUUGCCGGUUUCGGUAGACGAAGUACCGACUUACAAGCUUGUCGUCUAGUCCGAGACAACCAAUCAACUAUAGGGAGGCGUUCUAGAUGAUGUCCUUGACUGUUAGUUGAUCUUUCAAGAUG